AGUAACUCGGAUAUGCCCUCCGUGCUGACGGAAAGUCCGGAUCAUCGUGACAUAAUUUUCAUCCCCUCUCGCACAGUGAAUGAUAAUUGCUGUAAAAUAAGAGACAGAGGUUGAACUAUUCGACCUUAACCUGAUAGAGAAAAGCAGGAUAAACCAUGGCGACGCAAAUGAUCAUACGCAAAAGAAAAAGGCAAAUAGGGCUACUCUCUCUGAUCUUUGCGGCAUCGAUUUUCUUUCUUUUUACGUUGAAACAACUCAGCCGAAGAGAUGGAGCGCAAUCAGGACUACGACUGGCCGACAAUCCAUUAGAGGCACAUUCCACUUCAGGUCACGACUGCAUGAACUCAACAGGGCAUUUUGUACCUUCCGAGAGCCAAAACAGCAGCACCCGAUUUAUCCCACCAUUUCGCACUAAAGGUCGCUACAUUGUUGAUUCCCAGGGCGCAAGGGUGAAACUUACCAGUGUCAACUGGUACGGAGCGAGCGAUGUCAAGUUUAUCGCAUCAGGACUCGACGUGCAGCAUCGUGACGAUAUUGCAACCCUCAUUCGUGGAAUGGGUUUCAACAGUGUGCGUCUGCCGUAUUCCGAUGAAAUGGUGAAGACGAAUCCUUGCAUCGAUCGGUCGCUGCUGUCUGCAAACCUCGACUUGGUUCCAGAUACCGAGUACUCUAGCGGUGAAUGUGCAAGAGCCCUAGAUGUGUUUACCGCCGUGGUGGAAGGGUUGACUGCUGCAGGCUUAUUGGUAAUUGUGAACAACCACAUCACUCAGGCCACUUGGUGCUGCGGUGCAAAUCUCUGCGAUGGAGGAUGGUCAAAUGACUGGCUUGGGGGACGCUUGCUCUGUCGCGUUAGCCAAACUGAAGAAGAAUGGAUUGAGCACUGGGAAACGGUCAUGUAUCCCUUGGCAAAAAAUGAACUGGUUCUCGGUGCGGACCUUCGUAAUGAGGUCCGUGGCGUCUGGGGUACCAUGCACUGGCACUCAUGGGCAGCAGCAGCAGAAAGGGCAUUGGAGCGACUGUUGCGUCUCAACCCAAAUUGGUUGAUGAUUGUCGAAGGCGUUUCAUCCGCAAACGACCUCUCCGGGGUAAAGAAGCGGCCUGUUCAACUCAGCAUCCCUGCCCGAGUAGUCUACUCGGCCCAUGUCUAUGCCUGGUCGGGAUGGGGCUCCCUGCUACCCUUUUCGAAACGGAAAUAUAAGAGUUUUGUAAGGGCCAUGCAGGAGAACUGGGAGUAUCUGCUUGCCGAGGACACGGCUCCCGUCUGGGUUGGGGAGAUGGGCACUCCUGAUAAACCCGACGCUGGCGAUUUGAAUUAUUGGAGGCACCUGGUGCAAUUUCUGGAGGAGGUCGAUGCGAGCUGGGGCUAUUGGGCGCUCAAUCCUCGCAAACCCGCCAAAAACGAGAGGGAGAGCUAUGGCCUGGUGGGGGACGGAUGGGACAGCCAGUCGGUCAGAUGGGAUUAUCGCAUGGACGACCUAAAGAGAAUAGGACUGAGCGUAGAUUGAUGACCUCGGGAUGGUUUAGCAUCGUUGCAUUCGCACAUGGUCUCUUUUGAGUGUUUCAUGCAGGGAAAAAGAUGUGACGAUGUCGAGCAGUCGUUGAGCCACAGGUUGUGAUAUGCGGAUAUGAUUGGUCAGGAGCGGAAUCCAUGCGCUGAUUAUAGGACUCUGAUUGGUUGACAAAAAGUGUGAUCAUCCUUUUUUACUUAGUCUCCAUAUCA